AUGGCACCAUCAUUUUAUGCAGUGGCCAAAGGCAGCAAACCCGAAAUUUACAAUACUUGGGACGAUUGUAAGGCACAGAUUUAUCAGUAUUCUGGUCCUGUGUAUAAAAAGUUUAAUGCACAAGCAGAGGCUGAAAAAUUUAUUAAAGAAAAUAGCAGUUCAAGUGGAGGAAGUAAUAGCAACAACAGUACACCCCUAGUAGAGAAAAAAUGUAAACUAAUAAACAUCCAAAGUAUUCCAAAUUCUGGAUGCAAUCAAAGAAAAAAAUUGUCAGAUUAUGAUAUGGAUGAUGGAGGUUAUGUGAGCAUAUAUACAGAUGGUGCUUGUAGUUCAAAUGGCCAUGGAAAUGGCAAAGCAGGUAUAGGUGUUUGGUUUGGCGAUGAUCAUCCCAUGAAUGUAUCGCAACCAGUUCUUGGUAGGGCUACUAACAAUAUGGCAGAAAUUCGGAAAACAAAAGAAGCUGGCAUUAAAAAAUUAAAAAUUCACACAGACUUACAGUUCCUCAUUAAGUGUAUAAACAAUUGGAUGCCAAAGUGGAAAUUUAAUGGAUGGAAAACUUUAGCCAAUAAAUCUGUUAUAAAUAAGAUUGAAUUGUUAGAAAUGGAGGAGGCUCUCAAGUCCUUAACUGUGAAAUGGGUACAUGUUAAUGGUCAUGUGGGAAUUCAUGGUAAUGAAAUGGCUGACAAAUUGGCAAGAGCAGGUUGUUUGAAAUAUUGA